AUGUAAACUGACUCUAAUUCUGUUCUAUUUUGUGGAAUAUUGCUUUAAACUUGCUCCUCCUACAUGUCAUUGCUUAACCUCUGGAUAGGUACUUGGGACAUUUCCUGCUUGUUGUUCAUAUAAUCUGUGAAGACAGAAGAGAGGACGAGCAUUUGUUUGAUUAGAGUAACAGGUUAUGGAUCUCAAACAUCACUAUCUGGAACUAAAUGAUGGUCAUUUCAUUCCCAUUCUGGGAUUUGGCACCUAUGCACCCAAAGAGGUUCCUAAGAGUAUGGCUACAGAAGCCACUAAAUUAGCAAUAGAAGCUGGCUUUCGUCAUAUUGACUCUGCAUAUUUGUACCAGAAUGAAAAGGAGAUUGGACUGGCCAUCCAAAGUAAGAUUGCAGAUGGCACUGUGAAGAGGGAAGAUAUAUUUUAUACUUCAAAGCUUUGGUGUACUUUCCAUCUACCAGAGAUGGUCCAACCAACCUUGGAAAGGUGCCUGAAAGAAGUACAGUUGGACUAUGUUGACCUAUAUCUUAUUCAUUUCCCAACACCUUUGAAGCCAGGAGAGAAGAUUAUACCAUAUGAUAAACAUGGAAACCUGUUAUAUGACACAGUGGAUAUUUGUGACACCUGGGAGGCUAUGGAAAAGUGCAAGGAUGCAGGACUGGCCAAGUCCAUCGGGGUGUCCAAUUUCAACCGCAGGCAGUUGGAAAUGAUUCUGAACAAGCCAGGGCUCAAGUACAAGCCUGUCUGCAACCAGGUGGAAUGUCAUCCUUAUCUCAACCAGAGCAAAAUGUUGAAUUUCUGCAAAUCAAAUAAUAUAGCUCUUGUGGCCUAUUUUGCUUUGGGAGCCCAACGAGAUACAUGGAUGGACCAGAGUGCUCCAGUUCUCCUGGAAGAUCCAGUUCUUUGUGCCUUGGCAAAAAAGUAUAAGCGAUCUCCAGCCCAGAUUGCCCUUCGCUACCAGCUACAGCGUGGAGUUGUCGUCUUGGCCAAGAGUUUCAACGAGAAGCGAAUCAAAGAGAACAUUCAGGUUUUUGAUUUCCAGUUGACUUCAGAGGACAUGAAAACCAUAGAUGGCCUAAACAGAAAUUUUCGAUACAAUGCUGCUUCUUAUUUUGAUGGACACCCAAACCAUCCAUUUUCUGAUGAAUAUUAACCUGGAAGUGUUCAUCCUGACUUUGACCAGGAGCCCUUGGGUGUGAAUCACGACAUGGGAGAUGUCUCAGAUGCUGGUGACUGGACACAUAAUUUCUAGAUAAUCUAUGCUGCCUAGCAACUCAAAUUCAGAUAUUCAAGGGCAAGAAGAAAAAACACUAUAUUUUAGUCACUUUCUGAGAAAUAAAAUAACAUUGUUUUCUGUAAAGAA